AGGAAGUAGAACGUCGUCGUCGUCGCGCAACUUUUGGGCUCUUGACUCCCAACACUCUUCCAUACCCUCAGCCUAUUCCUAUGCUGCUGCAAUAAGUUCAUCCUGAAGAAAUGGCGCCGAGCAAAGCGACCAAAGUCUCCCGAAUCACCGUGGCUUGCAAUUCCUGCCGGUUCCGGAAACAGAAGUGCAAUGGAAACAAACCGAUUUGCACACAAUGCCACCAAAAUAAUCGUCGGUGCGACUGGCCCGAGCAGCUGAAACGAGGCCCCGCCAAGGGCUACAUCGAAGCUCUCGAGCACCGACUCCAAGAAACUGAAACUCUGCUUCUCAAGUUCCUCUCACACAUGUCCGACGCCCAGUUAUCAUCCUCGAUUCAAGAUAUCCAGUCCGACAUCCACAACGGGAUAGCUGCUACCAGAAGUCCUCCGCCCUCGUAUACACCGUCAUCGCGAUCAGGGAAACGGGGAACGGAGUACUGGAAACAAUUUCCGCUCCACACCGUGCAAGACGUCCGAGCGUGGCAGCAGGACUGUCUCAACCAGGAACAACAACAACAUCAGACAGGCUCGGGACGCAACUCAGCGGACCGCGUGAUCAGCAGUGUCUCCGACAUCCUCAGUUCCAGAAACAGUGAGCCCUUGGGAGAGACGUCGCAUGAAGCCGGCAUCGAACAUCGACCAGCGGCUGUACCCAGGUCAGAGCUUCCGCCGAUAAACGCAUUUCGGGUCAACAUGUACGAGAGAUCGGACGAAGUCAAUGAGCAGGCGAAGGAUCCGAUCGCUAGCCUCGAGAAUCCACUGGAGGGGUAUAAACAACAGAACGCCGAAAAGCCGCACUCUGGCCCGAUGUUUCCCGCGAUACAGCUCCCGCGCAUCAGUUGCUCUCAGUCGGACCACUUACGAGGGCAUGGCCUGAAUGUGCCGCAAGCACCGAGUCUUUGGCGGGGUGCGCCUUCUGUGAGUUUCCAGCAACAGUAUCUCUGGUAGAGACUGCUGCGUGGUGUAUAGAUCUUUCAGACGGAGCUUAUGAUGUUAGGGCCUUUAAGAUUGGCCGUGGUAUGUAAAGAAGUAUUGAUAUGAUUCAGUGUGCUCUACCAACGCUGAGCGGGUGUUUGGAAUGAUGCGCCUGAGAGGCCUGGUAAGCAUGGUUUCAUCGCUACAUGGAGGAACUAUCUACAUAGGCAAGCUCAGGGCGCGAGCGAUUCAGCCCAUAAGGGCCGCAGGACCACGCCAAUUUGAGAUGGAUGGUGCAUCUGUUGGCUUGAGACAAACAUAACGGAAGAUAGUUUGAUGUCGUCUCAGCCCAGAAGAGCCCUUGACAGGGUUGUUGUGUACAUAGAAGAAUACCCUCAGUUCAGGCCAAACGCUCGGCCCCAC